GGACACAAUGUAAUAAAAAAAUCUCCCAGGGUAUAACUGCAAAACAGAAGUAACAGAGCACCGCCGAAACCUCCCCUCCGUCUCGUCGUCGCAUCUCGCACCGUCGCCGGGUCGCCUCUCCUCCGCUCUUCCCUGAUGGAUCCCAAGGCAGCGGCGAAGUCGAAGCGCUCGCACACGGUGCACGGCCGCCGCGCCCACCAGACCCCCGCCGCGGCGGCAGCGCACAGGCAGAAGCGCGCCGCCGCCGCCGCCGCCUCUUCUGCCCCCCGCAGUCGAAACCUCCCCUCGAACUGGGACCGCUACGACGACGAGGGCGAGGCGGAGGAACCUGCAUCCGCCGUGGAAUGGACCGGCGAAGUGGCUCCGCGCAGCAAGGGCGCCGACUUCGGAUUCCUGCUAGAGCAGGCGCGAGCGCAGCCCCGCGAGGCCCGGGGCCUCAGGGCGCCGUGGCUCCCCUCCCAGGAUUUGCCAUUUGAUUUUGUGCAGGCCUCCACAUCUAUGUUCGAAGCUAAAGGUGAAGGGAUCUUGUCCUGGUGUGCUGAUGAUAACUUCAUAUUAGAGGAUGAUUUAGCACCAGAUUUUGAGGUGCCUUUUCUCUCAAUGGAUUUGCAUGCAUUGGCCAACCGGCUUUCGAAGCUUAAGCUUUCACAGAGACUUUUUUUAGAAGAAGAUCUAUUACCUGAGGAUCUGGCUGAUGUAUCAGAAGAAAAUGAAAUACUGAUUGAAUGUGGCACCUCCGUGGAAAGUGAUCCCAAAGGAAGCUUGGUUGGGGAUAACUUGAACCUUGAACCAAGGAAAGACGCAAGUCAUCAUGAGUAUGCUGGCAACACCUAUUCUGAUGAUCAAAUGAAAUCAGAACAUCAGUCCCAAUGUUCUGAACAUGAAGACGAUAAGGCAUAUACAAGAACCAUAGAUACUGAUCCUAGUACAGGGCAUAGCAAAAGGUUAGAGUUUGAGGUGGGUUCUGCAGAAGAAGAACUUGACAUGCUUCUCAAUUCGUUUAGUGGAACUCACCUUUCUAGCUCCAACUUGGAUGAAUUGGUUGGACAUGAUUCAACUUCCCAAGGUACAAAGAUCAGUUGGUCGGACAAGAAAGUUACACUUAGCAAGUCUUCCAAAUCACCUGCGCUUGCACUUGUGGACAAUGCUCUAGAUGACUUGCUUUCAGAGACUUCCCUACCUGUACAGAAUGAAGGUUUUGCUACACAAAGUUCAACUUCCCAACCAACUGUUAAAUCUGGCCAGAACUUUGACUUUGGAUAUGCUAAGAAGGUUGAUGUGAUAGCAUCCAUUGAUGAUUCACUGGAUAAUUUGCUUGAAGACACUCCAUCGUGCUUAAGUGAGCCAAAGGAAACUACAACUGCACAAGGACGAAACAAAAUGCCAGAUGACAGUGUCCCCCCUCAUUCUGGCCCCUCAAAUGCAUCAGAUGAUUUUGAUUCAUGGUUUGAUUCCCUAUAGGCGAGAAAAGGGUUGUUGCUGUGAGGAAGUGAUGGCUAACUUCAGGAUUCUUCUCUGCGAUGCAAAUGUCCUCUAUACCUUUCUUCCCUCCAUUCUUGAAUCUAACUGGUAAACAUAUUCAGGAAGCUGUAUUCCAAAGUUCUCUAUUCUAUAUGGAGGUCCACUAGACAACCAUCAACCAUCUUAAUAUUAAGUUUUAAUGGGAAACGAUGAGGUGGAUAGAGCAUGGUAUAAAAGCUAAAGAAGUAAAGAUCAUCUGUGAAAUUUGAAGCAUUGGAUAUGUAACACUGCGAACUUAGCAUGUUUUUGCUGUCUGUAA